ACCAACUUGGACCCGUCAACUCCGUGUCCCCGUGCCUGUCCGCGAGCAGAGCAGCUGGCAGCACCUCCAGAGACAGCGCGGGGCUGUGCUGCCUGCGCUGGUGGAGACAGGAGGGGAACAAAGUUUGUCGGGAGCCCGGGUGACUUUCCUCGGGGACCCGCAUGUGUGCGUGUGCGGGGGGCCUGGGAGCGCGGAGCUGGUUCCCUGGCUUCCCGGGCAGUGGGCGCCGGGCUCCCGGCCCCCCUUCACGCCGCCUCAGUGGUUUGUUUAGGAAAAGUGAUGGUGAACUAGUAGUGGAGGCUCGCAGGCGCCCGCUGCCCGCCCCGCGGAGGGAGGGCGGCCCCGGAGGGCUGAGAGGGCGCCGCACCCUUCAAGCCCAGGCGGCAUAUGUGAGCCAGGGCUCGAGGUGGGAACCUGUGACCGCCGAGAUGAGGGAACAGCCCGUGUUUGCCUGGCUCUAACUGUCAAGGCUGUGGGGUUGUGGACCGCAAAAGCCAGGACGUGAUGGAAACAGGACCUGAAGAUCCUUUCAGAAUGCCGGAGGAAAGUUCUCCCAGGCGGACCCCGCAGAGUGUUCCGUACCAGGACCUCCCUCACCUGGUCAACGCCGAUGGACAGUACCUCUUCUGCCGGUACUGGAAACCCUCGGGCACACCCAGGGCCCUGGUCUUUGUGUCCCACGGAGCGGGGGAGCACUGUGGCCGCUACGACGAGCUGGCUCGGAUGCUGGUGGGGCUGGAGCUGCUGGUGUUCGCCCACGACCAUGUCGGCCACGGGCAGAGCGAGGGGGAGAGGAUGGUGGUGUCUGACUUCCAGGUUUUCAUCAGGGACGUGUUGCAGCACGUGGACGUUGUGCAGAAGGACCACCCGGGGCUUCCCAUCUUCCUCCUGGGCCACUCCAUGGGAGGUGCCAUCACCAUCCUCACGGCCGCAGAGAGGCCCGGCCACUUCUCCGGGAUGGUUCUGAUCUCCCCGCUGGUUCUUGCCAAUCCCGAGUCUGCCACGACUUUCAAGGUCCUUGCUGUGAAAGUCCUCAACCUUGUCCUGCCAAAUGUGUCCCUGGGCCGGAUCGACAGCAGCACGCUCUCACGGAAUAAGACAGAGGUGGACAUCUACAACACGGACCCCCUCAUCUGCCGCGCAGGCCUGAAGGUGUGCUUCGGCACCCAGCUGCUCAACGCCGUGUCGAGGGUGGAGCGGGCGCUGCCCAAGCUGACCCUGCCCUUCCUGCUGCUGCAGGGCUCUGCCGACCGCCUGUGCGACAGCAGGGGUGCCUACCUGCUCAUGGAGUCCGCCAAGAGCCAGGACAAGACGCUCAAGAUUUACGAAGGUGCCUACCACAUCCUCCACAAAGAGCUUCCUGAAGUGACCAGCUCCGUCUUCCGCGAGAUAAACACGUGGGUCUCUCAAAGGACAGCGGCGGCAGGAACGGGGUCCCCGCCCUGAGUGCCCUGGCCAGCCGUCGGGCCACAGUCGGGGAAGCAGGCAGAGGAAGGGCAGGAGCUGGCUUCUUAGAUGUGGCUUGCCAACAAACAAACAAAAAUCACAAAUUGGAGGAAUCCCUAGCACAAUUUACUAAAAAAAAGAAAAGACAGUCUUGUCGCACAUCAGGCCGUCCGCCACUGGAUCUGCCUUAAGUGGUGGACACUUUAUGCAAAAAUAGGAGGUCACAGCACUUCCCAGAGAAUGUGCUGGAAGGCCUUAGGCCGCAGAGCCCUGCCCGGCCUCUCCUGCUCCGCAGGGUCCCAGGACCCCCGCUGCAAUAACUGGAGGGGUCCCCUCCCGCCACCCCGCGCCCCGCCCUCACUGCCUCGGCUAGGGCCCCCCCUCUGGCCGCCGGAUGCGGGGCGGCAUCCACUUCCCCGGCAGACUGGCGCCGCCGCGGCCCAGAACAUGCCUGCACUUCCUCAGCACAUGUCCCCCCGUGACCCGCGUCAGCUCCUUGUCCGCCGGGAGCCCGGGGUGGGCUGUGGGGCAGGUGGGGCUUGGCCCAGAAGAGGCACCCUCGCCCCCUUCCCUCCGCGGGGCACGUCAGGGCGGCUGUUCGUCGCUGACUAGCGUUACCUGGGGCUCAGAGGAUGGUUGUGUUGGAGAUGGAGUGGCUCGUGUGUAUAGCGUCUGUUCUGAAGCAGAGCCGGGGGGGUGGUGGGAACCAGGGGGCUUGAAGGCAUGGAUGCCCGACAGCCCUGUGCAGCCCCGGGGGGCAGGCCUAGGAGCCCCGUGCGGGACACGCCUGUCCCAGUUCCCGCCUGCCGGGCCACAGCCGCCCUGGGAGCCUCGGUGCUGGCAGCACAGCUACCUCUGGUGGCCGGAGAAGCUCCCCACGCGGUGGCCCUGCCCAUGGCUGCAGGCCUGAGGCCACAGCAGCCCCGCUGCCUUUCUUGGUGCCAAACCCACAGCCCCCCACCCCUUGGCCCUCAAUUGCGCCAGAAGUAAACGGGGUCACCACCCACCCGGGGGGUACUUUGACUUUGAAAUGGGACUCACUGUCAGGUCUUGAGGCCCCACCUGCAGAUGUGGCCGUGGUGGGGAUGGAGCCGCCGGGGCGUGGAACCUUGGGGGAGGUGCGGUCCUGCCACCCCAAGGCUUCCCUGCCUGACGCGGAGGCUGGGGGCAGGACUCCCCACUCCCCUCCUCCUCCAGCGCUGGGAGCUGAUGCCCCACGUGUGCCGUGUUCUUCCAGGUCUGCUUCUCGGUCCACCUCCAAGGGCCCCCGAGCUGCUCACCCCAGCGACCGUCAGCUGGCGGGGGCCUUGGUGCGUGUCCUGCUGCCCCUGCCCCUUGGGAGGGAGAGGCGCCCAGGCACCCAGCCCCGGGGGAUGGCACCUGGGUCCCAACAGAGAGCGGCUUCAUCGCCACGUCUUAUUCCUCUGGCUUCUCUUUGGAGGAGAAAAACAUGUAGAAAAUGCAAAGAGAGGUCAGCCCCACCUGCCCAGCUGGGCAGCCGUGAGAAAGUUCCUGCUCUCGGGCUAAGGAACGGCAGAAACUCCACCCACAAACCCCAGACGCCCAGCCGUCCCGCCUGCAGGUCACAGCCCGCCCCCCACCUCCCAGAAGCAUGCCAUGGCAAGGCCAUAUCCCAGAUUAAAUACCAGGCACGUGGUUUGACCAGUAAUCUUUCGAUGCAUGAAUUUAUUUAUUUGAAAGCUCUUAUAGAGGCAUAUUCAGUCACCUUUACAGAUCUGGUUAAAGAAUCGCCCAUAUUUAAAAGAAAAAAGUUAUUUGAAACCAGGACUGUUUCCUCAUCUGGGAGGGGACACAGGGUACGUCCACCUGCUGAGUCAGGGGUGCAGGUAGCAGCGUCUGGAGGCCCCUAGGGAGCACCCUUCCGUCCUUGCUGCACCAAGCAAGUCUUGAACUGGGGUCACCCUCCAUGUUGGCAGCUCCGUGCCCAUACCUGGAGCACCACCGCCACGCCAUCGCCGUGGUGCAGGGGAGCUGGGUUUGGAAAGGAAGCGAGGUCACACACGGCCUGGGCUCGAGGUGACAGGAGGACAGAGGCCACAGAGGGGCCCUGGACAUGCAGCCUAUCCAAACCACGCCUGGGAGAAUGGACAUAUUACUCGGGACACUGGGCCCAAGCACGCCUGUGAACUCAGUACCGCCCUGUAACUCAGAGGCCAUGCUGGGCCACACGAAGUGGUUUCACGCCUGAAAAAAUCUCUAGGAAAAGAUGCCACCUGCAGCCACUGGAGGUCCCAACCCCGCCAGGGCCCAUUCCUUUGCUGGGAUGGGGGGUGGUGACCCCAGCUUCCCCUUGGCUCUUGGGGGCCCUGGGGCUUGUGAUGAGAGCUCUGGAAACUCCCUGCAGGGCCCCACCCUCCUGCUCUUUCCUUCACCAACUGCUGGCAUCAACCUGUUAGGAUCAUAAGCAAUUUACUGGUUAUUGUCAUUGCUGCCGCUCAGCCACCUUCCUACACGUAAGCUGUUAGUGGGGACCCUUGUAUUAGAACUAUUAACGCACCAACGUCUGCCACAGCUAACCCUAAUAAACCACAUGUUUUCUGA